AUGGGUGACAAAAGUACAAUUGAUAGCAUUGAUUUACCAGGACCAAUGAAUUCAGAAACUAACAAUUCCACUCAAUCAAAUGCAGAAGUGAAAAAAUCAGAAGGAAUUGAAGUUAUAGUUACUCAAGAAAAUCUGAAGCCUGAAGGAGAACUAGUUUCUGUUGAAGAACCUGAAAAAUUGCAAUUUGAAGACAAAAAGACAUCUGAAGUUGAAAAAGUUAAUGAUGCUGCCCAACUUGAAGAAACUGCAAUUGUGGAUGAGUCUGCUGAGCAAAAUCCUUCAGUUGGACCAGUAUCUGAUCAGUUAAUUUCAUCAGCAGACAACUCAAUGGAAUCUACUGCUCCUUCACAAGAAGGCCCUAUUCAACCAACUCGGGAUCAAAUUGUACCAGUUGGUCGUGAAAAUUUGAUUGAAGGAGGGAGUCAACAACAAGUUAUUCCUGUUACAGAAUCUGAUCCAAAUAGUGUGGCUAAACUCGAAGACAGUGGUGUUGAUUUAGAUCAGCAAUCAGUUUUAAGUAUGAAAGAUUCUGAAUUAAAAGACUUGGUUAUGAGGGAGUUAUCUGAGUUUUUAACUGAAGAACCACCACAAAAUGUUGGAACAUCUUUCAUUAAUGUUAAAUCAGAAUAUAUGAAAAGUGAAGAACAAAAAAAAAUUGAAAAUCUUGAAAAUUCUAUGAGUGAGAAUAAAAUAGAUCAAAAAGAUACAAAAAAAUCUGAAAAUGAUAUUGCUGACGCGUUGUCAACUUUGGCAACUGCUGCUCUUAAUCAGGCACCUCCUGCCAGUGGGUCUGUAGAUACUGUUAUAGCAAAACCGACACAGCCAGUGCAUGUUAAACAAGAAGGACCUGCUUGGUGUGAUGUUGGUGUAAUUAAGGGUACUACAUGUAUAGUGAAACAAUUUUACUCGACAUCAAUUACUGAUGAACAUGAAAAUACUAGCUUGGAUCAUUUACCAGACUAUACAAAUAAAAUAAAAAUUGAUAUCCAACCAGGUACAGCUUAUAAACUCCGUAUAGCUGCCAUAAAUACUUGUGGCCGAGGAGAAUGGAGUGAAAUAUCGGCAUUCAAGACUUGUUUGCCAGGUUAUCCGGGUGCUCCAUCUGCUAUUAAAAUUACAAAAGCACCAGAUGGUGCCAGUUUAACAUGGGAAGCUCCCCCAACAAGUUCUGGUAAGAUUUUGGAAUAUUCGGUUUGUUUGGCAAUCAAAAACCCUAAGGAGGGGACGCCACAAAGCCCAAAACCAACUGCAACAAAUUUAAAUUUUGUUCGUGUUUAUUGUGGACCGCAUAAUGCAGCUGUAGUUAGUCAUGAAUCACUUGGUGCGGCUUUGAUUGACAGAACUAAUAAACCUGCUAUUAUAUUUCGAAUCGCUGCGAAAAAUGAAAAAGGUUAUGGACCAGCUACACAAGUUAGAUGGUUACAAGAUAGCAAUGUGCCUGGAUCAAAUAAGAAUUCUUCAGUGAAACGGGAAAAAAACGUUAAUCUUUUGACUGGGGUUCCAAAAAGACCUAAAGUUUAA